AUGCGGAAGGUCUCUGGUCGAUCCUCCCCGGACUUUCUGGAUCGCUUCGUUGGGCGUCGAUCAUGUCAAAACUGGUACGCGCACCACCGGGUCUGGGACCUGCGUCGCUCUAAAGUCCGGAUCAGCCACUACGAGCCCCCCGGUUGGAGGUCUGACAGCACGCAUUUCUCAGGAUGUAGACAGCGCCACCAACUUCUCAGUCAUCUACAAGGUCCUGACUCUGAGACCCUCGCCGAGACAACCGGGAGGCCUGAUUGUCAUGAGUUCUCGGCCGGGGAGGGAAGCAAAUAUGAGCUCGCUCAGAUGUCUGUGGCGGUAGUGGGGGUGUUCGACAUACUGAUCGAUCUGGUACUUUGGAUGGGUCCGGCGACAGGUCAGACGUUACGAAGGCUGGGCGUUUGCUGGACCAUGGUCUGUGCAAACCCGGGUGUGCAGCCGUGA